GAAGCAGCUGUUCCAGCUUUGGUCGAGGUCCGCCACUGAAUCUGAAAAAUGCUGCUGGCCCCCCAGGGAAAGUCCCCCUCAAAGAAGAGGCCCGGGCUGAGUCGUUGGAAACAGUUUACAAGGAAGCCAAGUCCCAAGCCUGCUUUUGAUCCUGACAAUGUGGAACACUGGAUUAAGAGAGUGAAGAAAGCCUCGGAAUUUGCAGUUUCUAAAGCAUUUUCUACUGGAAAUUCAGGUUUAUCCAGAAGGCUUUGGGACCAAAGAAUAGAUUUGAAAACAGCUGAGCAAAUAGAGGACCAUGAUGAAGUCUAUGCAGAAGCUCGGGAGCUGGUCAAUGACUGGUUAGAUGCCGAACUUAAGCAAGACCUGUCAAGUGAUGGGGAAGGUGAUGCUGAAGAUACUGUGUCAAGGAUCCCUUCUGUUCCAGAAGCCAGUGGUCAUUUGAAAUAUGAUAAGUUUGAUGAUUUAUGUGGCUAUUUAGAGGAAGAAGAGGAAAGUACUGCUGUUCAAAAAUUUAUAGACCAUCUGCUGCAUAAAGAUGUGAUGGAUUCUGGGAUAUUGGAAGAUCUUGAAGUGAAUGGGGACCAAGACAAGAAGCAGCAGAAGGAUCCUCGUCUUACCAUGGAGAUGAGACAUAAGCAGGUAAAAGAAAAUCGCUUAAGACGUGAAAAAGAACUAGAGUGCCAGAGAAUUGAAAAGACCCUGAAAAAGUCGGCCUUCUUAGAGGCUCAGUAUCUGGUGCAAGAAGAAAAGAAAAGGAAGGCUCUGGAGGCCAAGAAAGAGGAGGAGGAGAUUCAAAGGGAGAUGGUAAAGCUGCGGAAGGAGAUCAUUGAGAGGAGACGCACUGUGGAGGAAGCAUGGAAAACAGAGAAGAAAAAACAAGAAGAAAAUUCUCCAAAAAAUCCAGAAAAAAGCAUGUUUCAAGGUGCUCAGAUUCUUCUGGAUGAAGAAAAAAUGGCAAAAGAAAGAAAGAAGCAGCUGAAAGAGUUAUUAAUCCAAACUUUCAAAGAAAAUCACCAGUGUCAAAAACGGUAUUUCUCUGCCUGGCACAAGCUGAUUCUUGAUCAUAGGAUUAAGCUGGGGAAAGCUGGGACCCUGUCUGACUGGAAGUUUCAACUGAAGGUCCUGCGGGCUUGGAGAGACUACACAAGAUCCCAGAAGUUGGCGCGGGAGACUCAAGCCAUGGAAGAUGAGCUUCGGGAAGAAAACAGGAAGCAACAAGUGGCCACAGAGUAUAACCGGAAACAAGUUCUCCGACACUGCUUUACAGAAUGGCAGCACUGGCAUGGUGCAGAGAUCCUGAAGAGAGAGCUGGCUUUAGCAAAGGAGGAAACUAGGAAGAAAAUGAACGAGCUGCUGAAGGCAGCAUCACUAGGGAAACUCGGUACAAGAGAGCCAUCAGGCACUGGUCUCGUUGAGGAGGCAGCAGCCACAGUGGAUCCCUGUAUAAGAAAUGGAGAGGUGACUGCUGUGCCCUCUUUGUGGGAAAAGCCUCCCUCAGAGAGCAAUGGUUGUAUGCCCAGCUCCCACCUAGGAAGAUCAACAAAGAACAACUUGCUGCUUCCCCUCCAGAAUGUCCCUCUGACAACAUCUGACAAUAAGCAGUGUAAGACCCUGGAUGUUGAGCCUUCCCAACAGCCUGGCAGCAAGAAGCUCAGAACCACCAGCCAGAAAGCAGGAUCCAUUUGCAUGGGUCAUUUCCACAACUGCCAUGACUUCCAGCAACAGCUGAUUGAAAAGCAAAAAAAGAAACUUCAGGAACAGGAGAAAAUAAUUCUGGAGCUGAAGGAAAGCCAGAGGCUAGCAGAGGCUCGGUGGGCAGCAGAGGGUGCCAGAACAGUCGCAGACACACACAGCUACUUGCUGGCAAACCACAGAGAGGAAGAAAAACCAAAAGGAACCUGCCAGGUGCUUCCAAACUUGCCUGUUGCUUCCCCUGGAACUGAAGGUAGUAGAAAUGGCUCCCGAAAUUCUCUUUCCGGACCCAGAAGGAACCCAAGGCAGCUGCUGAUGGCAACCCAUCCCAUACUGAAAGCCAUGGAAGAGAGAGCAAUUCAGCGAGCUGAACGUAGGCGUAUCUUGGCAGAGAGGAAGAAAAAACAAGAAGAGGAGAAAUUGGCCCAGUUAAAGGCCCAAGAGGAGGAGCGUCAGAAGAGGGAGGCAGAAGAAAAGGAAGCUCAGCUUGAGAAAAAAAGAGAAGAGAAGAGACUGAAGAAAAUGAAAGAACUAGAGAAGCAGAAGAGAAUUAAGAGGAAUCAGCAACUGGAAGCAAUAGCCAAAGAAUAUUAUGAAAGGGUGUUGCUAAGGAAAAAAGGUCUAGAGCCUUGGAAGAGAUUGAGAAUGCAAAGCAAACAAAACAUCCAGGUGGCCAAAGAACACCACUCUUUGGCCCUACAACGGAAAUGCCUGCUGACCUGGUUCCAGUGUAGUCAGGAGAGCCUGGCUAGGAAGACAGUGCAGGCUGAUCAAUUCUAUUCCCAAAUAUUGCUUAGGAGAGUCACACGGAGCUGGCUGAAGUACCUGACUGAUCUGGAGGAAGAAGUACACAAACUGUAUGUACGUUUUCUUCAGAAGAAGGUUUUCAAGGCCUGGUUUAACAUGGUCACAACGGUCAAGAUGGAUUCUCAGAGCAAGUACGAGACUGCAGUGGAGCACAGCCACAGGAGGAUUCUCUGGAUCACAUUUCAGACAUGGAAGGAGUUUACAAAAUUGACGAAAGAGGAACGAGUAAAAGAAGAACGGCGAGAGCAGCUCCGUCGGAAGGUAGCGGAAAUCCUCCCCGACUUCCAGAUGUCCCCAGCACCCUGA